CGGUAUCCACUUCCGGUAAAAGAUGACUUCGGAGAGUAUGAUGUCUACAGAAUUUUGGAGAAAUGGACCAUCUCCUGGUUCCGUUUACAAUUUUCCAGGACAUAAUGCAACACAAAAUCAAUCACAGAUUGGUGCAGCAAAACGUACACUAGCACCUACUGUAACUGGAACGUCUGUCCUAGGUAUAAAGUUUAAUGGUGGGGUAGUGAUAGCUGCAGACAUGUUAGGAUCAUACGGCUCACUGGCUCGGUACAGGAAUCUCUCUCGUGUAAUGAAGGUUAAUGACAGUACAAUAAUUGGCUGUGGGGGAGAUUAUGCAGAUUUCCAGUAUUUACAGAGUGUUAUUGAACAAAGAGUAAUAGAUGAAGAAUGUUUAAAUGAUGGUUUUGGUUAUACACCAAGAGGACUGUACUCAUGGAUGACCAGAAUUCUAUAUAACAGAAGGUCACAGUUUAAUCCACUUUGGAAUGUGUUCCUUGUUGGAGGAUUACAGGAUGGAGAACCAUUUUUAGGUUAUGUUGACAAGAUAGGUAUAGCUUAUGAAGCACCAACUAUUUGUACUGGUUACGGAGCAUAUAUAGCAAAUCCUUUAUUAAGAGAAGCCUAUGAGAAUAACCCUAACAUGAGUUUAGAGGAAGCACAACAACAGAUAGAAAGAUGUAUGAAGAUAUUAUAUUACAGAGAUGCUAGAUCAAUAAACAAGUUUGAAGUUGCAGUAGUAACAAAAGAUGGUUCUAUAGUAAAACCUCCAGCUCAACCAGAAACUAAUUGGGAAAUAGCUCAUCUAAUUAAGGGUUAUGAAUGAUAAACAUUUUCUCAUCAUCAUUUGAUGGCAAGUUCACAGAGAAUCAACAGAUUCAUUAGAGGACAUUGAAAGUGAACUUCUUACAAGAACUAUUGUUACAGUGCUAUUUGAUUCAUCAUCAUUUGUUAAUAAAAUUAUAAAUAUUC